AUGAAGUUCACCAUCACCGCCGCCGCCCUCAGCCUCCUCGGCCUCGCCUCCGCCGCUCCCGCCGAGGUAGUCGCCAAGCAGGCCCACGGCGCGACCAGUGCUCAAGUCACCAACUUUUCCGUCACCUGCGGUUCCUCCUCCUGCUCCUACACCGCCCGCGCGGUGAUCCUCCCCGAGAACGUGGCCGUCACCUUCACCCACACCACCACCGGCUCCACCAUCCCGACCAACACCGGCUUCUUCACCAGCAGCGACCCCGCUGUCUUCUUCCGCAUCAACAAGGCGCUCAGCGACUACCGCUUUGUGUUGAGCGACGCUCAUGUUGUUGGUUCGGCUGUCAACUUGGAUUAUUUCAGCCCUGGGUCGCAGUGGACUGCUAGUUCCUACAGCGGGCCUUCUUCUUUUACUCUUUCUUAA